AUGGAACACACUCCCAUUUUCGCUGAAAACUUUGACUUCAACAUGAAUAUCAGCGAUGUGAGUGCUGAUCUGGGUGUCUACGACAACAAAAAUCUAUUGUAUUUUAAUAAUAAAGACGAUUAUUGUAACGGCCUCUUCUCUCAGUUCAUGACCGUAGAUCAGGUAAGAUGAUGCAUGUGAUUUGGUACGGAGCGACGUUCGCGUUUUUAUGUCAAAUACGAUUAGGCCGCAAUUGCCGGAACAUCUUAGUUUGUUUUUUUGGUUGCCAAGGUAUCAUGUAGAUUUAGACAUUUAUAUAUUUUUAUUCGUUACGCUUUAGAUUUCCUGCAUCUGCCGUUCCCUCUACCGGACCAAAGAUGGAGACAAGUUGGUGGAUCUCUUCUUCAAGACCGACCCCUUUAUUAUCAACCGUCAGGCUCAUUCAAACUCGGUUUUACUGGCCUUUUUCUUCUCUCUUUAUCAUAGUCAGCAAUAUGAUGAACUGUUUCGUCGAUUGGAGUCAGUCAAAGUGGAUGAGAGAUACUACGGAGAGUUCACGAAUCUCUGGUAUGAAGGGCAUUACGCGCAGGAACAGAUGAAGAAACCAAAAUUAUUGGGACCAGUGGAGAAAUACAGAUUGAGGAAGAAAUUCAAACCUCCAUUGACAAUAUCUGAUGGAGAGGAGCAGAUUUAUAGCUUCAAGGCCGGGCAGAGGAAGGUAGGGGGAUAUUACAGAAUUAAUUUUUUGACACUUUUGUUUGUGUUUACACGAGUUUUAGUAUAAAAAUAUUUUGAUGACAUUUGAAUUUUACGUGGAUUACGGUGACAUUUUUUAGAUUCUGAAAAAUUGCUACAACAAAAACAAAUACCCAAAGCCCGAGGAGAAACUCCAGAUCGCUCAGUUGACAAAAUUGAAGCCUCAACAAGUAAGGUUUUUCUUAUUCAUAUAUGUGCAUAUGUAAUAUUGUACUAGUGGGAAUGCGGGUUUAAAAUUUUGAUAAAAAAUUGAUUUGAAUUUUUCUGAAUAUUGCAUCUGAUUUCCGGCGCUCUCAUUGCUGAAACAUUGAAUUUUAAGAGAAAACUAAAUUAGAUAAUUUCUCAUAUGCUAAGCCAAGUAAAAGGUCCCAAGAAUCAGACCUUACCGUACACCCCUUUCUUUUUGUUUUACAAUAAAAUAUGAUCAAAGCUAUUUCAUUUCCUGUGAUUCUUAUAGCUUUCAUUCAGAUAGCGAACUGGUUCAAAAACCGGCGCCAAAGAGACAAACCCCAGGCCGAGGCGAUGAAUACAAACAUGAAUCUGAACAUGAACAUGGUAUCGUUCCGUUCUCUUGAACCUACUUUCUACUCGAUGCAUUAG